UGGACGUGUUCAGCCCGCAUUCUCUGCUCUCAAGACUUCCAUUUUUCAAAAUAACAAUAUUCUUCCUCGUGGCUGGUUUUUUUGUUUCCCGAAACUAAAGUUGUGGCACGCCUGGCGUCGUGUGCGAACAACGCGUGCGCCACGUGACAACAAAAGCCUGCAGCUCGGCGGCCAUGACACUUUGACUGCCGGAGAACACGCGUCGACUUCUCUGAAGCGUCGCCGCUGGUGGUCCGAGGGUCGACUGCGAGUCGUCGGGGGGCGGAGGGCUCCGGCCGAGCCACAUGAGGCGACCCGGCGACCAUGAGCUCCAACGCCAUCCGGGGGAUCCGCCGCAAGAAGUCCUCCUUGUCCGAGGUGAAGGUGGCCGUGGUCGGCGCUCCGGCUGUCGGCAAGAGCGCUCUGACGGUUCGCUUCUUGACCAGGAGAUACAUAGGCGAAUACGAUCACCAAGCAGAGAACCGCUACAAGCAUGAAGUGCUGGUGGACGGCGAGCCGGUGCUUUUCGAAAUCCUGGACACCUGCCCGAAGACGGUGGACGACCUGCCGAGCAGCGACACCCUGGGCUGGGCGGACGGCCUGCUGCUCGUGUACGCCAUCACGGACCGCCGCACCUUCAACUACGUGCGGCGCGUCAAGCAGGCGCUGGCCGCCGACGUGCCGCUCGCGCUGGUCGGCAACAAGGGCGACAUGGUGCACCUGCGCCAGGUCAGCACGGAGGAAGGCGAGAUCCUGGCCAAGGACUACGAGUGCUGGUUCAACGAGGUGGCGGCCGCCGAGCAGGUGGCCCAGGUGGCAGAGGCCUUCCACGAGCUGUGCCGCGAGGUGCUGGGCGCGCGCCGCCGCAACAAGCAGUCCCUGCUGGACCGCAUGCUGGGCAGCAAGGGCGCCGCGGCCCGCGCCUACUCGCGCGGCAAGAGCGACAGCGCGCUGCCCAAGGACUAGCGCGAUCCCCGCCUCGGGCUGAUCCGCGAGGAGUCGCCACCACUCCCUCGACCCCACCUCGGACUGCCGUAACCGUCACGGGCUGAUCCACGAGGAGUCGCCGCCGCUCCCACGACCCCACCUCGGACUGCCGUAACCGUCACAGCCUGAUCCGCGAGGAGUCGCCACCACUCCCUCGACCCCACCUCGGACUGCCGUAACCGUCACGGGCUGAUCCACGAGGAGUCGCCGCCA